AGCUCAGUAUUCUACGAACCGCCGACUGGAUGUGUGCUGCCGUAUUGAAAAUUUUACGCGCGCUUUCACAGCAUUACAGUUUACUCUUUCCGGUAGUGUUUGUGGACUAUGAACGUUGAUUGAGCUACGAAAAGUACUGCUUCUUUACUUGUGGAACUAUGCUUCUUGGGUGGCAGUCGGCACGCGUGUUGAUGUGAAGUGAUGAUAUGAAUACAGUAAGGGUAUACGAAGCUGUGAAGAUGUGGGUUCACGUCUGACACAGAGCAUUCGGAUGCGUCGCGGCAGUGUUUAUAGUGUUAGUGAAGGUGUGGAGCGGUGCACCUGCCCAAGGUAGCGAGCGCGCGGGUGCGGCUGCGGGUGCGGUGAUGGCCGGCUGAUGUCCGCGGGCUGGCCGUCGCCGCCGGCCUCUCCGCCGCCCGCGCCGCCCCGCGCCCUGCCGCGCUGUCGCUGCCCACAUCCGGUGUCAACCAGCUACAACUGCUUACCACACUAUGAUGGUUGGCCAGACUUGGAAGAUGAGACGACUGGUGGAGCUCUGCGAGAACGCGAGCUUCGUUCUCUGCACCGGACGGUCCCAGCUCUGCGGAGACGAGAACUCGACACACGCGCAAUUAAACAUCAUUUCUACCCAGAAGGUGGUUGGGGCUGGAUUGUUUGUGGAGCUGCGUUUCUCGCACACCUGCUAUCAACAGGAUUACAGCUAGCAUAUGGAGCGCUGCACGUGUACGCGUUGAGGCACCUGGGACCUGCUGCAGAUCAUGCUGUGUGGGCUGGGGCCUUAUGUGUGGGAGUGUCGCGGGCAGCAGGAGCUGUCGUGGUUGGAAGAAAGAAGUCACCAAGACUUGCUGCUCUGCUGGGUGGUAUACUUCUGCCCCUUGCUUGCCUCUUCACCUCUUUUGCCACGCAGCUCCAUCAAACACUAUUAAGUUACGGUGUAGUAUUGGGUAUUGGUUGUGGCUUAGUCCGGGAGGCAGCUGGCAUAGUUCUCGGCACGUACUUUAAGAGACGACGACAGUUUGUUGAACUGGUGGCACACGCUGGUGGGGGGGUCGGCAUAGCGUUGUUCAGCGUUGCUUAUAAGGAGGCUGUGGGGAAACUGGGUUGGAGACUUGGCUUGCAAGCCAUAACUGGAGUACUCGUGUUAGCAUUCUUUCUGAGUGCCGUGUAUCGCAGUGCGUCACUUUAUCAUCCGCAGCGUCGCGCCAUAUUACAUCUCAAAAACCAACGGAAAAAGGUAAAAGAAAAGAAAGGAUUGAAACAAUCCCAUAUCAUCGACCUUAGUCCACUGCACUCACGACCUGCCAAAGUUCUACUUUUAGCUGCCGGGAUUGCUGCUUUUGGUCUCUAUACACCAGUAUUUUUCUUGGCAUUACAAGGAUUUCAAGAGGGUCUUGAAGAAAGCGCAUUAGUAUUGUUGCAGACAUUUCUCGGCUUCGCAGCUGUCGUUGGAUGUGCUGGGUUUGGACUUGUUUUAGUGCGACCUUCAGAUCAGUGCCUUGUUUCUAAACAGUACUUGUGUCAAACAGCUAUGCUCGGAAUUGGUAUUUCGAUGCUUGCUCUCAGCAGUGUUGAAGGCUAUCAUGGAUAUGUGCUAUUUGCUUGGAUGUACGGCUUAUGUUUGGGCGGCUUUCUGUACUCGAUGAAAAUGCUCACAAUGGAAAGAGUUCGAGGACGGCACUUCACUAAAGUUUGGAGUUUCGUGCAAGGCGCUGAAGCGAUUCCUGUGAUUGUUGGUGUCCCGGUCACAGGCUACAUCAACCAACAAGUCCCUAGAGCAGGAUUCUAUUUCUCAACAGCAUCAACGCUUAUUGGAGCUAUUCUGUUAUUCUUUGUGGGUUUCCCCAAGCGAGAAGCCGAACCUCCCCCAUUACCACCAACGGUAUCUGAAGCCUGUCUAUGUUUGACCCCACCAAGCUACGAGCCAGCGUGGUGUGCCUGCAGUGCUGCAGGUGCAACAACAUACUGUGCUUGGACAGGAAAUACUUGUACCACCAGCCGUCUUCCAAAAUCUCUGUCCUACGGUGCACCUUUGAAUAGACCCUGCUGUGCGGCCAGCUAUCCCCCAUGUUGUAGACGUAGUAUCCCCUUAAGACCGUCUCGUAGUGUUCCCGAAGGAUUAGCGCGGCAUGGCACCUGGAGUCGCUCCGGAUCUUGUAGGAAUAAUUGUCGCCGUGAGCAUCAUUUGAUAGAACAAAUUACUACUUCUGUUUGAGUGGACUUAGUGGACUAACUACUUAUUAUUAUUUCGACGUGAACAUCAGAAAAAAGUAACGUGUGUAGUGUUUGUUGGCGUUCAAAUUAAGGGUCUUAAAACAUUCAGACUAAUUAUUAUUUUAUUUCAUAAAAUAUCUUCCAGAAAUGGUAUCAAAAUAGCUUUUUAAAUUUUAUAGAUCAUUAGUUCGUUUUUCUGCCACACACCAAUUUGUACUACAAACUUAUUGUCAUUAAAUACCAGUUAUUAUCGGUUAAUAUUGGUUUUCGUUAUAAAAAGUAACCACGGAAAUCUCAAACUUUGCCAAACAAUCCAAAAUAAAAGUUGAGAAUCUCCCAUACUGUAAAAUUACUUGAAAAUAACAAAAUUCUAUACUAAAAAUAAUUCUAAGCGUCUGGCGACGUUACAAUACAAGCUUGCUUUGCCGAUGCUAUGGCGGGUCACGCGUUUCUCAAUUCCAAAAGGUCGUAUUCCACGCUCUUUGCUCGCAAAUUCUAUCUCCAUUCACAAAACUAAUCUGAUUAAUGAAUGUUUCUAUAAAGUUUGAAUUUGUUGAACUAUUGUAAUGUUUUAUUGUAUCUGUAUAAGAAAAAAACUAGAGAGAAUAUACUAAUUUAAUUUGUACCCAAAUUUAUGGACGAUGCGUGACUUGCAACCGCACCUCUCGGGUUCCGUCCGAGCGCUCUACUAACUGUUUCAAUCGACCGAGUCACGAAUCGAGCGUAAAUCUUGGUAUGCCUUGUUCAACUCUCAGUUUGUGGCAAAUUAAAUUUGUAUAUUUAAUCCCAGAAGUAAGGAAUAUCACUUAAAAAUAACAAACUAACUAGAGAGAAAAUAAAUACUUCUGCAUUGUUAAACAUUUACCACUAUAUUAGCUUAUGUAUGUAAAUAUAUAGUAUUAAUAUAACAGUAAAUUGUUAGGGUUGACAUUAAAAAAAUAUAUGUAUCAUAAAUAGAAGAAACCUUUUCUGAGUCUUAGUAUCUUUCAUUAUAUUGCCUUAGCAAAAGUGAAUUAACCAAAGAAUUGUGACGAUAAUAUUAUCAACUUGCGGCCGUUUUCAAUAAGGUUAUUAUAGAUAGGUAUCUAUCCUUAGUAUAACUUACUAGAGGUAGACAAAUCUAUCCUUUUACUCUUACUUAUUAACCUAUCGACAUAGAGCAUUGGAGUAUACUAGUGACAGCAAUGUAUCUGUAACUAGAGUUACGUUAUUAAAAACAGCCGUAUGCUGCGUUAAAAUAUUGUCAAAGAGUUGAUACUAGAAUUGCACAACCACGUGUUUGACUAGAAACUAUUUGAUUCCCACAGCAAUUUUGUGGAAUUAUCUACCUAUCUAUCUGCUGUAUCUCCCAACCGAUGCAACUUAGGGACUUUCGAGUCUAAAGCAAACUCCCAUCUCUACAGACGGCGUUGCAUUUCUUGAUCUCUGGUUUUGCGGAUUUCAAAAAUAAAAAUCCUCCAAUCUUUGUAAAUAUGCAUAAGUCAUUUUAAAUUAUUUCUAAGAACGGUGAUCAUGUUUUCCAGUCUAUACUUACAGGAUAUUACUAAAAGGGACAUUUACUGUAAUAUUGUAUCUUAAUAAACUACUGUUAUUCGAUUUAUCUUCUUGACGGUUAACUUUUGUGCAAUAGAUACAGAAAUGAACGUAAUAUUUGAUGUUAAAGGAGAGUAUAUAUAAAAUGUCGUCAAUUUUAUAACUUUGUUACAGAUUAUUGUAAAGUUGAUUUAAGAAAUACUAUGUCACCUUAUUGUUUGUUACAUAAAAUCUGAAUAUAUUUACGUUUAUGGAUGCGUUAUUCAAUAAUUUAUAAUAAAAAGUCAUGAAAGAUAAA